ACAUUUCUUAUGAUUAAUGUGGAGAAAAGAAACUAGCCAUGGGACAAAGUUCAAGAGACCUCCAUGGAAAAUGUUGCUGCUGAUGCUAUUAUACAAAGUCAUAUCAUGAAGAGUCUAUUUAGAGGAUGAUUUUCAUAUUUAAACAGUUUUCAUGUUGAAAAAAAUUUGUGAAAGUGAAAAGUGAAAGUUUUUUUUUAAAUAAACAAUUUCCUCAUCAUAAAAAUUAUACUUGUAAUGGGCGAAAUGGCCAACAACUCUGUUGCAUACAGUGGUGUAAAAAACUCUUUGAAGGAAGCUAAUCAUGAUGGAGAUUUUGGAAUUACGCUUGCUGAGCUCCGGGCUCUCAUGGAGCUCAGGUCCACAGAUGCAUUACGUAAAAUCCAAGAAAGCUAUGGAGAUGUCUAUGGAAUUUGUGGGAAAUUGAAAACCUCUCCCAAUGAAGGUUUAAGUGGAAAUCCUGCAGAUAUAGAGAGGAGGCAAGCAGUGUUUGGGAAGAACUUUAUACCUCCUAAAAAGCCAAAAACUUUUCUUCAAUUAGUAUGGGAAGCAUUACAAGAUGUUACCUUAAUUAUAUUAGAAAUUGCAGCCAUAGUAUCACUGGGCCUUUCUUUUUAUCGACCUCCAGAAGGGAAUAAUGCAGUUUGUGGACAAGUUUCCGUUGGGGAGGAAGAAGGGGAAGGUGAAACCGGCUGGAUUGAAGGAGCUGCUAUCCUUUUGUCAGUAGUAUGUGUUGUGUUAGUGACGGCUUUCAAUGACUGGAGUAAAGAGAAGCAGUUUCGAGGUCUGCAGAGUCGAAUUGAACAAGAACAGAAGUUCACAGUUAUCAGAGGCGGGCAAGUCAUUCAGAUACCAGUGGCUGACAUUACUGUGGGGGAUAUUGCCCAAGUGAAAUAUGGUGAUCUUCUUCCAGCUGAUGGGAUACUUAUUCAAGGAAAUGAUCUAAAAAUUGAUGAAAGCUCACUGACUGGAGAAUCUGAUCAUGUUAAGAAGACAUUAGAUAAAGAUCCCUUACUCUUAUCAGGUACCCAUGUGAUGGAAGGCUCUGGAAGAAUGGUAGUUACUGCUGUGGGUGUGAACUCCCAAACUGGAAUUAUUUUUACCUUACUUGGGGCUGGAGGUGAAGAAGAAGAAAAGAAAGAUGAAAAGAAAAAAGAAAAGAAAAAUAAGAAACAAGAUGGAACUGUUGAGAACCGCAACAAAGCAAAAGCUCAGGAUGGUGCAGCCAUGGAAAUGCAGCCAUUGAAGAGUGAGGAAGGAGGAGAUGGUGAUGAAAAAGACAAAAAGAAAGCAAACUUGCCAAAGAAAGAAAAGUCGGUUUUACAAGGAAAACUUACAAAAUUGGCAGUUCAGAUUGGAAAAGCAGGAUUAUUGAUGUCUGCAAUCACAGUUAUCAUCCUUGUAUUAUAUUUUGUAAUCGACACAUUCUGGGUUCAGAAACGACCAUGGCUGGCAGAAUGUACACCUAUUUAUAUCCAGUAUUUUGUCAAGUUCUUCAUAAUUGGAGUCACAGUCCUGGUGGUAGCAGUGCCUGAAGGUCUUCCACUUGCAGUUACUAUCUCACUUGCUUACUCUGUAAAGAAAAUGAUGAAAGAUAAUAACCUAGUCAGACAUCUGGAUGCUUGUGAAACAAUGGGAAAUGCAACAGCCAUUUGCUCAGAUAAAACAGGGACAUUGACCAUGAAUAGAAUGACAGUCGUCCAGGCUUACAUAAAUGAAAAGCAUUAUAAAAAAGUUCCUGACCCUGAUGCUAUUCCAGCAAGCAUUUUGUCCUGUCUUGUAACUGGAAUUUCUGUGAAUUGUGCUUACACAUCAAAAAUAUUGCCACCAGAGAGAGAAGGUGGAUUACCGCGUCAUGUUGGCAAUAAAACAGAAUGUGCCCUGCUGGGACUUGUUUUAGAUUUAAAACGAGAUUAUCAGGAUGUAAGGAAUGAAAUCCCUGAAGAAGCUCUGUAUAAGGUCUACACAUUCAACUCGGUUAGGAAAUCUAUGAGCACCGUCUUGAAAAAUUCAGAUGGAAGCUACAGAAUAUUCAGCAAGGGUGCAUCAGAGAUCAUUCUUAAAAAGUGCUUCAAAAUCUUGAGUGCUAAUGGUGAAGCAAAGGUAUUCAGACCAAGAGACCGGGAUGAUAUUGUUAAAACUGUGAUUGAACCAAUGGCUUCAGAAGGAUUGAGAACUAUAUGUCUUGCAUUCCGAGAUUUCCCAGCAGGAGAACCUGAACCAGAGUGGGAUAAUGAAAAUGACAUCGUCACAGGCCUAACCUGCAUUGCUGUUGUAGGGAUUGAAGAUCCCGUGAGACCGGAGGUACCAGAUGCAAUAAGAAAAUGCCAGCGUGCUGGAAUUACUGUGCGGAUGGUCACUGGUGAUAAUAUUAAUACUGCUCGUGCUAUUGCUUCUAAAUGUGGUAUUUUGCAUCCUGGGGAAGAUUUCCUGUGCCUAGAAGGUAAAGAUUUCAACCGAAGAAUAAGGAAUGAAAAAGGAGAGAUUGAACAAGAACGCAUAGACAAGAUUUGGCCAAAGCUUCGAGUACUUGCUAGAUCAUCUCCCACUGACAAGCACACACUGGUUAAAGGCAUAAUUGACAGUACUGUCUCCGAGCAACGACAGGUUGUAGCUGUAACUGGAGAUGGUACCAAUGAUGGCCCUGCACUAAAGAAAGCAGAUGUUGGAUUUGCUAUGGGUAUUGCUGGAACCGACGUAGCCAAAGAAGCAUCGGACAUCAUUCUUACUGAUGACAACUUCACAAGCAUUGUCAAAGCCGUCAUGUGGGGACGGAAUGUCUAUGACAGCAUCUCCAAGUUCCUUCAGUUCCAGCUCACAGUCAAUGUGGUGGCUGUGAUCGUUGCCUUCACGGGGGCCUGUAUUACUCAGGACUCACCUCUUAAGGCUGUACAGAUGCUGUGGGUAAACCUCAUCAUGGACACACUGGCAUCCCUGGCUCUGGCAACCGAGCCCCCUACUGAGUCUCUCUUGCUUCGAAAGCCUUACGGCCGAAACAAGCCUCUCAUCUCUCGCACAAUGAUGAAGAAUAUUUUGGGUCAUGCAUUCUAUCAGCUUGUCGUAGUCUUUACGCUCUUGUUUGCUGGGGAAAAAUUUUUCGAUAUUGAUAGUGGAAGAAACGCCCCUUUGCAUGCUCCACCUUCAGAACAUUAUACUAUUGUGUUUAACACCUUCGUGCUGAUGCAACUUUUCAAUGAGAUAAAUGCCCGAAAAAUUCAUGGUGAAAGAAAUGUGUUUGAAGGCAUCUUCAACAAUGCUAUCUUCUGUACAAUUGUUCUGGGCACUUUUGUGGUCCAGAUAAUAAUUGUGCAAUUUGGUGGAAAACCUUUCAGUUGUUCAGAACUUUCAAUAGAACAGUGGCUGUGGUCAAUAUUCCUAGGAAUGGGAACGUUACUCUGGGGCCAGCUCAUUUCAACAAUUCCAACUAGCCGUUUAAAAUUCCUUAAAGAAGCUGGUCAUGGAACACAGAAAGAAGAAAUUCCUGAAGAAGAAUUAGCUGAAGAUGUUGAAGAGAUUGACCAUGCUGAGCGAGAGUUACGACGAGGACAGAUCUUGUGGUUUAGGGGUCUGAACCGAAUACAAACUCAGAUGGAUGUAGUGAAUGCUUUCCAGAGUGGAAGUACCAUUCAGGGGGCUCUAAGGCGGCAACCCUCCAUCGCCAGCCAGCACCAUGAUGUAACAAAUAUUUCUACCCCUACACAUAUUCGAGUGGUGAAUGCAUUUCGUAGUUCUUUAUACGAAGGGCUAGAAAAACCCGAGUCACGAAGUUCGAUUCACAACUUUAUGACACAUCCUGAGUUUAGGAUAGAGGAUUCUGAGCCUCACAUUCCCCUUAUUGAUGACACUGAUGCUGAAGACGAUGCCCCUACAAAGCGUAACUCGAGUCCUCCACCCUCUCCCAACAAAAAUAAUAAUGCUGUGGACAGCGGAAUUCAUCUUACAAUAGAAAUGAACAAGUCUGCUACCUCUUCAUCCCCAGGAAGCCCACUACAUAGUUUGGAAACAUCACUCUGAUUGUAAGCCGAAUGUUAACACACUAGCUGCAUUGUAAAGAAACAAAUUGAAACUGGGUCUUUUCACACAUCGUGUUGGACAAGAUCGUAUUCUUGUCUCGGACUUCAACAGAAGACAUACUUGUACGAAUGUAGAUUUAUUUUUUUAAACCAUAAAAGCUUUCCGCCAGACUUUGAGGGUGCUUUUCGGGGGGUGGGGAGUACUGAACUCUGACAUAAGUGACCUGUGGAUCAUCGACUGUACUUACGCAUGGUCCUGCGCAGUGGGUUUAGCAGAGCUUUAGUUUCUCUUGAUCCUUGGAGGGGGGAGGGGGGAGGGAGGAGGAAAAGCUGAGAAAGACAAGGGAGCCCUGGAUCAUUGAAUCGAUACUUUAAUUUCUGCUGUUGGCUGUUAAUAAUUUGGAUUAUUUAUGUUUAUAAAUGAUACAGAUCUGUUUACAAGGUUUGUAGAUACUUUUAUUGUUCCUGUUCAUAGAUGGGAAGCUUCCUUAUAACUGAUGCAGAGAAAAAUUAGUCCUUCAAAUACUGCUGUAUUUUCAGGAAAAAGGGUGUUUCUAUUGAAACUGUACUAAAUUUUUGCCUACAAUUUACCUUGUUAAAUAUUGUAGAUAAAUUGCUAAUACUGAUAGCCAAAUAGAUAACACUAAUGCUUUGUGGAAACAUGAGCAGCAGUGUCCUAAUGAAGUUAUGGCCUCUGUCCUAAUUAGUUUCUUAAAUACAUUUACUACUUAAUGGUUUUGAAAACAACUGUUUAAUUUUUAAAAAUUUUGGAAAACUUGCUAAAUAACUUUUUGUUCAGAAUUUAGUAGAUUGUUUAAUGCGGGACAUCAAUUACAUAAUGAAAGUUGCUUGAAAUGCUUUUGUUAUUUCAGGCAAAUUGAAUUAAAUCAAAAUGCAACAAAACCUUAGUCCUUUUUGUUUUUGUCUAAACCUGUUAGUUUAGUGAUGUCUUGGUGAACUGUGAGUGAACUGUGUUGAUUUUUCUAAUAAAUCUUAAGAAACCUUCAUAAGGCAUGAGGGCUGUUGGCAUUUUGAAAAAAGGUUAGUAGUAGUAGCAUACAUGUUUUCCUUUUGUUUUUGAAACCUGUUUGUAAACAUAAAUAAACACGCCCUUUUAUUAAAUAAA